AUUACGCCAUGCAAUCUGACCACUCACUGCCGUCAUGGACAAGCGAAUCUCCGGCAGGACGAUGGAACAUAGCCGGCGAUCGCGAUAUUCCGAAUAGACAAAGUUAUACUCUCGAAGAAGUCAAAAACAAAAUGGAUAAUUAAAUGGGUUACUGCCAAGAUUUUUGAACAGCCUGAAUACGAAAAGGCAUUCGAAGAAGGAAUUGCAAGUCAACAGUUUUAUGGUGGAAGGAAGUUUGUGUAGUUGCGUAGCUGGGGAACAUAAUAGGAAACCGGGGAGGGACUGCGGGAAGCGACCCAAAGCGGAGGACAAAACAACAUAUAAAACCGCAACAGAAUAGCCGCCAUGGAGGACUUUGGGUCGGCACUGGAGAAGAAUGUGGCCGACCUGACGGUCAUGGACGUGUAUGACAUAGCGGCCGUGGUGGGCCAGGAGUUCGAGCGGAUCAUUGACCAGUAUGGCUGCGAGGCUCUGUCCAGACUGAUGCCCAAAGUGGUUCGUGUACUGGAGAUACUGGAAGUGAUGGUGAGCCGCAACAGCAUCAGUCCAGAGACCGAGGAACUCCGUCUGGAGCUGGACAAACUUCGCCUAGAACGGAUGGAUCGCAUGGAGAAGGAGAAAAAGCACAAAAAGGAGCUGGAGCUGGUGGAGGAUGUGUGGAGAGGAGAGGCCCAGGACCUCCUCACCCAGAUAGCCCAGCUACAGGAGGAGAACCAGUCCCUCCUCAGCAACCGGUCCAUCAAAGACCCCCUGAGCGAGGAGGACUUGCAGAGACAUGAAGGUAUGACGGAGCGGGAGAGGCAGGUGAUGAAGAAGCUGAAGGAGGUGGUGGACAAGCAGCGGGACGAGAUCCGCGCCAAGGACCGCGAGCUGACCCUGAAGAACGAGGACGUGGAAGCGCUCCAGCAGCAGCAGAACCGGCUGAUGAAGAUCAACCACGACCUGCGCCACAAGAUCUCCGUGGUGGAGGCCCAGGGGAAGGCGCUCAUCGAGCAGAAGGUGGAGCUGGAGGCCGGCGCACAGGCGCGGGGACAGGAAGUGGGCGCGCUGCGACAGGAAGUGACACGUUUGAGGGAGCGACUGCAAGGGGUUGCCCCCGGCGCCGAGGCAGAGGAGGAGAGGCCGCCUCUCUCGCCAACGCAGGAGGCGAUGUACCAUGAGGACAUGCCUGCUGUGUUCGAAUAUUUCACAAAGGAGGCUCAGGGCGAGGAGGAGGCGGCGGGCCUGGACCAGAAGGACCCCAACCGGCCGCGCUUCACCCUGCAGGAGCUCCGGGACGUCCUCCACGAGAGGAACGAGCUCAAGGCCAAGGUGUUCCUGCUGCAGGAGGAGCUCGCUUACUACAAGAGCGAAGAGGCUGAUGAUGAGGUCAUGACCUCGUCCCCCUCCCCUUCUCCUGAGCCCCGAGGUCGCGGCCGCUCCACCCCUCAGCCGGAGUCGGGAAUCAAACGCCUGUUUAGCUUCUUCUCGCGCGACAAGCAGCGCCGUGGCAGCCAUUUUGACGGUGAUGGCGGCGUCACAGUCGGGGUCGGGCCUUGGGGUGGGCCAGGAGACACAUACACAGAGCAGGCCCAGGAGGCUCUGCAGCACAUAUAGUCCCAUCUGAAGACCCCACGGGCCUUAUUCACCUUUAGCAGCCAGCUGCGCUCUAACCGCUAGCAUUGACUGCGCGUUCAGUUCCCCAGAAGAAGGCUUCAUGGGAAAGCUCCCCCUAAAACAAAAAGGACUUCCUGUCAUCACUAAAAGGCAUUGCUGUGUUCUGCUUGCGACUAGAUGAUAGAUGGAAUUGCUGGAUGGUUGGAGGGAUGGGGAUGACACACAGAUCAGCAAAGAAGGAGCUUUUUCAGGGUCAUUUUGAGAAUGUGAUCAAACGUGUGGAACUGAGAGAAUUAAUAUAAGAAGACAUGUACGCAUGUACGCACAAUAAGAUUCCUUAAAUCCGAAGGAGGGAGUUGAGCCUUAACAGACUCAACAGAUGAGAGUUUGUGAGCACUAAAUUGGGGGAAACAAGCAUGUUGCGGAACCCAGAACUUAUUUAUUUUUGUCUCAACAUUUACCAGCCGAGAAUAAUUCCAUCAUUAGCUUUGAUUGUGAUAGUCAUAGUCAUUUGCGAUGCUACACUGUGCCAUUACAAAGCCACAGGCAUGUGCUGUUGCUCUGAUUAUUUAAAGCAAUAGUUUUAAUGAUCUCCCAAUUAUAUUAUUCACACAAAACUGGAUAUUACAAUAUUCUGUCCGAUGACUGGAACACAUUUUCUUUUAUAACAGCAAUUAGUAAUUUUGUAAUAAAAAUAAAAAAAAGUUUACAUUAUCAUGUCAAUGAAGACUAACACUAUUUAAAACUGACUAAUAUACGAACUCAUAUACAAAAUUAUCCCAUGUACAUUUCUUCCCACCCUGACAAUUAAUGAAGUGAAUUUUUUUUUUUUACGUCAACACUUGUUUCUUAUAAGCAUAUUUUACAUUAACAUUUUCAUAUGACAGAGGACUAUGGUUUCCUAUAUAUUUAUUUUAAAGUGAGUUUUUAGGGUUAGUUUAGGCAACUCCCUCCUCACCAGCAACUUAGUUGGCCCGCCGUUUGUAAGAACAUGAACAUGAUCAUAUUGAAAGAAUCACACUUUAAUCAGAAAAGGCUGUGUUCAAAACGUUGCAAAUUAGCCUAGCCGCUACAUUUGGACAUUUUGACGUGGUUUAAAAACAAUUUCCCAGUAAGUAGUCACGCCCAUAAUAAUAAAGUGAGGUUUAGUUUUGACAUUGGCGUAAAAAGUCCUUCACCCAUUGUUUCAAUCGAUGAGCUAAAAAAUAUCAUCUUAUGUACUAUAGAAACGGAACUAGUGAAACCAUUAUGGGAAUUGUUUCUGAAUGCAUACUGAAGCUGAAUGGAAAUGUGAGAAUAUCUCCCGAUGGUUACUUAGGCUGCCCAGUUGAAUAUGUAUAUGCAAUAAAAUAAGUAUAUUUAA